GGUUGUCUCCUCUUCAGCAAAGGGUGAGGCUCUGUUUCUGGGUACCUGUAUCUGUUGUACCGGAAGCUGCGGUAAGUGCACAGGCUAGAGUUUCUAUGGCACCAUGUAAGGAGGACCGAGAUGGAGAUGCCGGAGUUUGUGUAUGAUCAUGAUAAGGAGCCAGAGAACUGUCCAAUAAUGGACUAUGGGUUGGAGAGUGACCAUCCUGGACCUAGCAUUUACAGUGCAUCCCCUGUAGACCCUUCUGUUUCCAAUUCCAUGUACCACUCCACGAGGUGCAUAGCGUAGAAUUAGAGAGCAAGUUCUGAUCCUGAUGAAGUCAGUGCCUCGCUCUGUUUUGCUCUUACUUUGGGAGCUGCGUGGGAGUCUUGUACAUAUAUGUAUAAAGGGUGUUGUGUAGUAAGUCCAAAAGGUGAAAGUUGAAACGUUUACAAGGUAGCUAAUGAUAUGAUAUUAAAGCAUCCAAUCUUAA